UACACCUAGAAAGAAAGUUUAAUCCCAAAACAAAUUUUGCUUAUCCCAAGAUGUAAUGGAGAGUCGAUGCAGUAGGUUCUCCCUAGACCAGCAUCACAAGAUUACUGGAAUACUUUGAUGCCCCGUUCGGUCACCCAUGUCACAUUUUUGCCCAUCUUGAUCAGGUAUUCAGGCAUAUUUAUACGCGGGCGCGGCCAGUUCCCGAACGAACUGCUAGCUAGCUCUAUAAAUACCACCUUCUGGUCGGUUCAACCAUCGUCUCAACUCGGCAGUGAACAGAGCCAUCACAAGUACACACUUGAGCAGCCACACAUAACGGCUGAGAUGGGUUCCGUGCAGGCCGAUGCCGACAAGCCGCACGCCGUGUGCGUGCCUUUCCCGGCGCAGGGGCACGUCACGCCGAUGCUGAAGCUGGCCAAGAUCCUCCACUGCAGGGGCUUCCACGUCACCUUCGUCAACUCCGAGUUCAACCACCGCCGGCUCCUCCGUUCCCAGGGCGCCGGUGCGCUCGACGGCCUCGAGGGGUUCCGGUUCGCCACCAUACCGGAAGGUCUGCCCCCGUCUGACGUGGACGCCACGCAGGACGUGCCUUCCCUCUGCCGCUCCACCAAGGACACCUGCCUCCCCCACUUCAGGAGCCUCCUCGCCGACCUCAACGCCUCCGCUGACUCACCGCCGGUCACGUGCGUCGUCGCCGACAACGUCAUGAGCUUCACCCUUGACGCCGCCAGGGACAUUGGCGUGCCGUGCGCGCUGUUCUGGACGGCCAGCGCCUGCGGCUACAUGGGCUACCGCCAUUACCGCACCCUCAUCGACAAGGGCUUCUUCCCACUCAAAGACGCGGAGCAGCUGAGGAACGGGUACUUGGACACGCCGGUGGACUGGGCGACGGGGAUGAGCAGCCACAUGCGGCUCAAUGACUUCCCGAGCUUCAUCUUCUCGACGGACCCCGAGGAGUACAUGGCCCACUUCGCCCUCCACGUGACGGAGAGGGCAGCGGAGGCCGACGCCCUCAUCCUUAACACCAUGGACGAGCUCGAGCCGGCAGCGCUCGAGGCGAUGCGGGACAUGCUCCCGCCGACCACGCCCAUCCACGCCAUCGGCCCACUGGCCUUCCUCGCCGAGGAGAUCGUGCCCCAGGGCGGCCCGCUGGACGCGCUGGGCUCCAGCCUGUGGAAGGAGGAUGCCUCCUUCUUCGACUGGCUCGACGGCAAGAAGCCCCGGUCCGUGGUGUACGUCAACUACGGCAGCAUCACGGUGAUGAGCAACGAGGAACUCCUGGAGUUCGCGUGGGGACUCUCCAGCAGCGGGCAGGACUUCCUGUGGGUCAUCAGGCCGGACCUCAUCAAGGGCGACGAGGCCGUGCUACCUCAGGAGUUCCUGGAGUCCAUCGAGGGCCGCGGCGUAAUGGCGACGUGGUGCCCGCAGGAGGCCGUGCUGCGGCACGAGGCAGUGGGCGUGUUCCUGACGCACUGCGGGUGGAACUCGACGACGGAGAGCCUCUGCGGCGGGGUGCCGAUGCUGUGCUGGCCCUUCUUCGCGGAGCAGCAGACCAACAGCCGGUACGGCUGCGUGGAGUGGGGCGUGGCCAUGGAGAUCGGGCAGGACGUGCGGCGUGAGGCCGUGGAGGCCAAGAUACGGGAGGCCAUGGGAGGCGAGAAGGGGGAGGAGAUCAGGCGCCGGGCCGUGGAGUGGAAGGAGACCGGCGUCCGCGCGACGCGGCCCGGCGGGCGGGCGGUCGCCAGCCUCGACAAGCUCGUCGCCAACGUGCUCCUCUCGGGUGCCAAGACACGCUGUUAAAUUACUACACUUCCAUGUUUACUGUUCCAUGUUACUCAUGCACCUCUGACGCAUGCGGUGCACGUGAUUGGGCUUGUAUCGAUUUGAUUUGCCCACUAGCUGCUGAUUGCUCCAAUAUUUUCUUGAAA